AAGUGAAAAAAAUAGGAUUAGUCAUAAAUGAGAAGGGAGGAGAUCCCUUUCUCCCGUGAUUUUAUUUGAAAAGCCUGAAUCUUUUAACCAACUUAAAAAUAAGAGAGAUAACAGAUACACACACAAACACCCCCAAACUAAACACCAUUUUUUAUAUAUUUAUAUAAUAUAUAUUUUAUUUGGUCAUAUAAGGAUUGAAGGGGUAGUUUUAUAUUUGCAGCAAAAACAAACUAAUAUUUUCCCGGAAAAGGAAAUCACACCAAGCAUUGGACUGAUUCUUGUUUUGGUUUGGACUUUGGGAGAUAAAUUGGAGAUAGGGCUUUUUAUGUGGUUCUGAUUUGGAAUGUGAAUGGAAAUUUCGGUAAUUGGAGUGGUGCAUUGAAUUGGGUCGCAGUGAUUAGUUUUUGGGAAUAAUUAGCCGAUGAGACGGCGAUGUGGUGUGUAGUAGAGAAAUGGAGGUUAGAUCUGACGGCGUUCCGGUUCGGUGCGAUAAGAUUCCGGCUCCGGUGAUUCCCCGGACCCGUUUACAGGUCUGGUUCAUUCGUGUCUGCUCCAGCAUUUUGCUAUGGACGUGUUUGGUUCAGCUCGUAGCUGUUGGGGAGCUAUGGCAUCCACAUUUUUUCAACAAUAUAACAAAUCGGAUAUCUCAGAUUGCCAUGGUUCCGCGUGCCAUUCAAUCACCACCACCACUGCUUCCAGCAAGAAAAUAUAAAAGUAAUGGUUUUCUCAGGGUGUCCUGCAAUGGGGGCUUAAAUCAAAUGCGUGCAGCGAUAUGUGAUAUGGUGACGAUUGCUCGGCUUUUGAAUCUUACGUUGGUUGUACCAGAGCUUGAUAAGACGUCUUUCUGGGCUGAUCCUAGUAACUUUGAAGAUAUCUUUGAUGUGAGACAUUUCAUUGAUUCGCUGAGAGAUGAAGUUCGAAUUGUCAGAAGACUGCCUAAGAGGUUCAACAGGAAACACGGACACAAACCCCUUCAAAUGCCUCCUGUUAGUUGGUCAAAUGAAACCUACUACUUGCAACAGAUUCUGCCACUGUUCAAGAAACAUAGGGUGUUGCAUUUUAACAAGACAGAUGCACGUUUGGCAAACAAUUGGAUUGCUCUUGAUCUUCAGAAACUUAGGUGUCGUGUUAAUUUCCAGGCUCUAAAAUUCACUCCCCAGAUUGAGACGUUGGGAUACAAAUUGGUUCGGAUACUUCAGGAAAAGGGGCCUUUUGUGGCUUUGCAUUUGAGAUAUGAAAUGGACAUGUUGGCUUUCUCAGGUUGUACUCGUGGUUGUUCAGAGAAAGAAGCUGAGGAGCUCAAACAAAUGAGGUAUGCAUACAUCUGGUGGAGAGAUAAAGAAAUAGAUUCUGAAAUGAGAAGAUCGCAAGGUUUGUGCCCUUUGACACCAGAGGAGGCAUCAACAGUUUUGCAAGCAUUGGGAUUUGACAGGAACACACAGAUCUAUAUAGCAGCUGGUGAGAUAUAUGGUAGUGAACGGAGACUUGCAGGGCUAAGAGCUGCAUUUCCACGAAUUAUUAAGAAGGAAAUGUUGCUUGCCCCUGAGGAGUUGCAACAAUUUCAGAACCAUUCAUCUCAGAUGGCUGCUUUGGAUUUUAUGGUUUCAGUAGCCAGCAACACAUUUAUUCCAACCUACGACGGAAACAUGGCAAAACUUGUUGAAGGUCACCGUAGGUGUGUAAUAACUUUCUCAACAUUGGUUUAUGCGAUCAAAAUGGGACAAACUCCUAAUUACAUUUCCUGCAGGUUUCUGGGCUUUAAAAGAACUGUGUUACUGGAUCGGAGAAAACUUGUGGAGUUGUUGGAUAUGCAACAGAAUGGGACGUUAUCAUGGGAUGAGUUUACUGUUUCUGUUCAAUCGGUGCAUGAGAAAAGGAUGGGACAACCAAGUCGACGCAGAGUAAUUGCAGACAGGCCAAAGGAGGAAGAUUAUUUUUAUGCAAAUCCCCAAGAAUGCUUGUGUGAGAGAACAAGUUGCGAUGACUUGAUUAGCCCCGGUAACUCAACUGCAAUUGGGUGACUGCAAGCAAAAACCAAAGUAUUGGAUUGAUACCACGGAAAGGUUUUCACACAGAAGGUUAACAAGAACCAACAUCUUUUAACAGAGAUAGCCUUUGAUUACCUUGUAUACCCACACCCAAGAGUUUUGUAGGAAAUGGUAUUAAAAAGAAAGGAUGGUUGAGCUCGCAUUUGAGCAUCUAAGUUGUGGUGUUCCAUUUUUUUACUUUAUUUCUUCAGUGUUUAUAUCUAUAUAUUUGUUUAUUCAUGAGUGUUCAAAAGUGCACUUCAAUUUUACACAACAUAAUCGAGAAUUGCUAAAUGUAGCCUUUGUUUGAUCUUCAUGAGAAAAUAUAUUUGAUGGGA